UUGCAAUCAAGAGUCAUUCUUGACUUUAACAUUGCCCGAUAAUUUACUUCAUUCAUGCGUCAAUGGCGAUGCGCUGUAUCUGAAAAAAUACCCUCAAGAAACCCGACAGGGAGAAUCACACAAAAAGCGCGCCCAAAUUUUGAUCUGUGAAUCUUCUUCUCUUCGCUCUUAAUUGCACUCAUUUCGAUAAUCAAUCAAUUUGUUUGAAUCGAAUUCAAUUUAGAUUUGCACAAGUCAAAAUCACUCGUCGGCGUUCAGAUAAUUUAGAGCUUUGUACAUCUGGAUGUGAAAAAGAAUUGGACGUGAAUUGAGUGGAUCAGUUGGAGGGGAGGUGGGAAGGGGGCGGAGAUGAUGGAGGCGGUGACAAUCAAGGUGCCGUAUAGGAAUUUAAAGCAGGAGGUGGAGCUGGUAGGGGCGGAUGAGCUUCAUCAGCGUCGGUUACAGAUCGAUUCGCAGUCGUCACCUCCUAGGGUUUCCAAUGGCGACUCGACGGAUUCUAGUCACCAUCAGUCGCCUUUUCAGAGCAGCCUGCUCACCUUGAUCCUCAGUUGUACGGUCGCCGCCGGUGUCCAGUUUGGCUGGGCAUUGCAACUCUCUCUCCUCACCCCUUACAUUCAGACUCUUGGAAUACAACACGCCUUUUCUUCAUUUAUUUGGCUAUGCGGUCCGAUUACAGGUCUUGUGGUACAACCAUGUGUUGGAAUAUGGAGUGAUAAAUGCUCUUCCAAAUACGGUAGAAGACGACCGUUUAUACUUAUUGGAUCUCUCAUGAUCUCCAUUUCUGUGAUAAUAAUUGGAUUUUCUGCAGACAUAGGAUACAUUUUAGGUGACACGAAAGAGCACUGCAGCACUUUUAAAGGUACUCGCACAAGGGCUGCUAUUGUGUUCAUUAUUGGAUUCUGGCUGUUGGAUCUUGCAAACAAUACUGUACAGGGCCCAGCUCGAGCUCUUUUGGCUGAUUUAUCAGGUCCUGAUCAAAGAAAUACUGCAAAUGCUGUGUUUUGCUCCUGGAUGGCUGUUGGAAACAUUCUAGGAUUUUCUGCUGGAGCCAGUGGAAAUUGGCACAGAUGGUUUCCUUUUCUGAUGAGCAGAGCUUGUUGUGAGCCAUGUGGGAAUCUCAAGGCAGCAUUUUUAAUUGCUGUGGUUUUUCUGGCUCUGUGUACACUAGUCACUCUCCACUUUGCAAAGGAAGUCCCACUGACUCCCAAUCUCUCUCCCCGGUUAGCAGAUUCUUCUCCUCUCUUGGACAGUCCUUCUAAUCCUGAUUUUGAACUUGCACAAGCUAAAGAUGAUAUGCAGCCCAUCAACUUUGUAUCUGACAACAAAUCUGAGAAUGGUUAUAUGGAUAAUAAUCCAAUACAUGAAGACCAAAAGGGAGUGAAUGACCAAGCCGAUAGCUUUAAUGAUAGUCCUGCUGCAGUUUUGGUUAAUCUAUUGACUAGCUUAAGACAUUUGCCUCCAGCAAUGCAUUCAGUUCUUAUUGUCAUGGCAUUGACUUGGUUGUCUUGGUUUCCCUUUUUUCUUUUUGACACUGAUUGGAUGGGAAGAGAAGUCUAUCACGGGGACCCGAAUGGAGAUGUUUCUGAAGUAAAAGCUUAUAAUCAAGGUGUCAGAGAAGGUGCAUUUGGUUUGCUAUUGAAUUCUGUUGUUCUUGGCAUAACCUCUUUCUUUAUUGAUCCAUUGUGCCAGUGGAUUGGUGCUAGACUGGUUUGGGCUGUGAGCAAUUUUAUGGUGUUUAUCUGCAUGGCAGGGACUACUGUUAUUAGCUUUGUUUCUCUUAAUGAAUCGUCAGAGGGAGUUCAACAUGUUAUUGGGGCGAGUAAAGCAACUAAAGUUGCCUCGUUGGUUGUUUUUGCUCUUCUCGGCAUUCCCCUCGCUAUCACUUACAGUGUCCCUUUCUCCGUCACGGCAGAGUUGACCGCUGAUGCUGGCGGUGGACAAGGUUUGGCCAUAGGAGUUCUCAACCUCGCCAUCGUCAUGCCACAGAUGAUUAUUUCACUUGGUGCGGGACCAUGGGACGCCUUAUUUGGCGGAGGGAACAUACCAGCAUUUGCCCUGGCCUCUAUAUUCGCACUCGGGGCUGGUAUCAUCGCAACACUCAAACUGCCAAGUCUCUCGAGAAACUCAUACAGAUCAUCCGGCUUCCAUUUUUGAUAACUCGAGAUUCUGCACAUACAACCGACGAACGAAGAAAGCUUGCAAUCCAUAAUGGUACGUGCACUCACCACAAUCAAUUCAUUAAUUUUUUGUUUUCCCCACAAUUUUGGAAAGGGCACGACGUUGGAGGUGUAGAAUAUAUAAUUACAUUACAUUACAUUCAUAUAUAAUGAAAUACAUGUAGUGACAGGAUAUAUAGCUAGGUGCUCUUUACAAUUCUUUGUAUGUGAUCCAUUAGUAGAUAUAGACGAUCUGUUGUAAAAGGGCAACUCUUUGGUCUGCCAGCCCAACACUAUGUCUAUACUUGUAUCAUCUUUCACAAUGCAUAAUAUCACUAUACAUCUGUUUACUUCAA